CCGCAACUAAUUCACCAAAUCUCCACAAUUCUUUUGUUUUUAUACAAUUAUCCAUAGUCUUCUGUUCCACUUAUCAGAUAUCUUCUAUCUGCUGUUUAUUACUUCUAAAAGACUUUAAAGAAUCAACAUCGUGCAAUUGCGCACUGAAAAGCAUCAUGGACUUCUCCAAACCAGAGACAGUGGUGGACCUCAACAAUAUCCGCAACGUGCUCAUCCGGAUGGAAGACACCAUCGUCUUCAACCUGAUUGAGCGCGCGAAAUUCCCUCGGCAGCCGUCGAUCUACAAACCCGGUGCUUUCAACAUCUCGGACUUUGACGGGUCGUUUGUGGAGUGGUUGCUGAGAGAGGAGGAGAUUGUUCAUGCCAAAAUCAGGAGAUACGAAUCACCAGACGAAAUCCCGUUCUUCCCAAACGACCUCCCCGAGCCCAUCCUCCCCGCGAUCGAAUACCCCCCCGUUCUCUACCCGCAUCCAAAUAAAGUCAACGUCAACGACACCAUCAAGGACUUUUACAUCAACGACAUCGUCCCGCGCAUCUGCGCCGACGGCGAGCAGCCUGAGAACCUCGGCAGUAGCUCGCUUUGCGACGUUGAGUGUCUCCGGUCGCUUUCGCGGCGUAUACAUUUCGGCCGCUUCGUCGCCGAAGCAAAGUACCUGACAGAAACAGCACACAUGACCUCGCUCAUCAAAUCCAAAGACGUCGCGGGCCUCGACGCAGCAAUCACAAACAAGGCGGUCGAGAAGCAAGUGCUCGCGCGUCUGAAGCGGAAAGCAGAGACCUACGGGAUCGACCCCACGCUCGCGGAUCCGCAGCCAAAGGCGUCGCGGGUUAAUGUCGAGGCUGUGGUGGAGAUGUAUGAGAAUUGGGUGAUUCCGCUGACGAAGGAGGUCGAGGUGGAGUAUCUCUUGAAUCGGUUGCCAAAGGAGGAGGCAUGAGAUUUUAUACCUGUAUCGUAGUAUGU